AUGGGUAUGGAGGAUGAGAAAGAGAUGGACACUGACAUCCCUGUGGUGAUCUGUGCUUCAGAGGAGCGUAUUGGUGCUUCCAUGGCCACCAUCAACAGUGUCUACAGCAACAGUCGUGCUAGUGUUUUCUUCUACAUAGUUACCCUACGAGAUGCCAUCAAAAAGAUAAGGGAAUACAUAGAGAAGACCAAGCUAAGAAAAAUCAGAUACAAGAUCCUGGAGUUCAAUCCGAUGGUUUUGAAGGGGAAAGUCAAUCCGGACUCGUCCAGACCAGAACUCCUGCACCCUCUAAACUUUGUGAGGUUCUACUUGCCACUUCUUGCCAUUGAAAAUCACAAGCGGAUUGUUUACCUAGACGAUGAUGUCAUAGUACAAGGAGACAUACAGGAACUGUAUGACAUAAAGCUGAAACCGGGGCACGCUGCUGCGUUCGCCUCAGACUGUGAUCUGCCCGCCACACACGAGAUGGUGCGCAGUGUGGGGAUGCAGAAUCGGUUUUCAUGUUCAGAAACAGUGCGCAUUGAUAUAGAGAAGAACUCCCUUUGGAGUGACUUUGUCCUUCUUAACUUUGCAACUCUGUUUUUCAUGCUCAAACAGCAACAUUUCAGACUAAAGGAAGUUGAAAAUACAACCUAUAUGGGCUUUCUGGACUACCGCAAAGAGGAAGUCAGAGAGUUGGGCAUCAACCCUAGCGACUGCUCCUUUAAUCCUGGUGUUUUUGUGGCAGACGUCGGUGAAUGGAAAAAGCAAAAGAUAACUAAACAGCUUGAGAAAUGGAUGGCUAAGAAUGUCAGGGAGAACCUGUACAGCAGUGCUGUGGCAGGGGGUGUAGCCACCCCUCCAAUGCUGAUCGUCUUUCAUGAUAAAUACACAACCAUUGAUCCACUGUGGCAUGUCAGACACCUGGGUAACUGA